AUGCAACAAUACCAAUUUGCUUGCAGGUACUGUGACACGAAACACCCCACUGCUCGAUCUCUUGGGGCACACCAAAAGGCCCAUAGGCGUGAGAAAGCUGAGAGAGCCCGCUCAAAUAGUGAAACCUUGUACCCGCUUGGCCGCAUGCAUAACAAGUCGUCUUCACCUCUAAGAGUAGGUAGCUAUGCUAACCACAAGCUGCACCUUCCAAACACAUCCUUCACUGCACCACACCAAUUGCAAUAUCGGAUGAAUGUGACUUUGGGUGGAGGUGUUGCUGGAAUUCCAGAGAGAUUGAACCGUGUGGUGGAUCUGCAAGAACUUAAUCAGGUUCCUUCAUUUGUAGAGAGUGGAGCAGACAAAAGUUUCCAAGGUUCUCUUUCUCUUGGAGGCCUUGAGGGAAAUACAAGUGUGCCAUCAAAAAAUUCUGUCUCAGAGGAGCUUGACUUGUCUCUCACUCUCAGACCUUUUAGGCAUUAG